AUGAAAUUAUUAUUGUUUGUGUUUUUCGUAUACACUUAUGCGACAAGUGCACAAUACAGAUAAGCGAUGGAGGACGUAUGCAGUAAACUAUUCAUUAGCUUAACGAUGAUAACUUCGGUUAAACCCUUCUUGAAACCAUUCAAAUGCAUAUCUAAUCUGAUGAGCCUGUUGGUAAUUUAGUCAAUAUGUUGUAAAAUCUUCAAUCGUAAGUGGAAAAGGUGUAAUACAAAUCUGAAGAGCAACACAAGAGAAUUUCUACGAAUUGCUACCUCAACUUAGGUUAAUUGAACGAUUAAAUCGAUAAUUACAAAGUUAAAUCUGUGACUCUAAAAUCAUAUAUUGACACUCUCAAUCCAAAUGUUAAAUCGAGUGUGGCAAUGGUGGAAAGAAAACAAAAAGAAAUAGUAUUUUUACCUAAAAUUAAGAUAGGAUGACUAUAAGCAAGAGUUAAAAUAAGCAGCAGAAAAAAGAGAGAAGGAACACGAAACCUAUUCCACUAUAUUAGAUAACCUUGAGUAAGCCUUAUUCGGUUUCCAUCAAAUUAAGUUAGCUUUUAAUCAAUUUAUCGAUUCCGUGCAAAAAGGGUAACGUAAAUUUGAGUCAUUCGCUGAAAUGAAAUAAGUGUUAAAAUAAGUUAAACACACCUACAAACUUGAAGGGUACAAGCAUUUCGUGUAAUUACUCUAGUCUCUAUCAAAGCAGACAAGCGAAGAGGUAUUGCAUUUCAUAUAUAUUAGGAAGCAUUAAAAUUAGCAAUUCAAUUGAGUGCUAUUCUCAAAUAAAUAGAAUCAUACAUUUAAGCUGAAAGAACCAGAGAAGACCAAGCAGAAUUAGCUAGGGAGUCAGCUUAUAAUGAUUACAAAGCCCAAAUUGCUGAUUUGUUCAAUGAAACUUCUAAAUCUCUGACUGAAAUGACAGGUAGUAUUUAUGAAUAAAAGAGGAAUUUUGGAUAGUCAGUCGAAUGAAUUGAAAUAGAGUGAGAAUGAAAAAAUGGAAGUUGAUGUCAGAUUACAAAAUAAAAUGAAAGAAUUUGAGAACAUACAAGCUGAAUGUUCAAUUCUAGAUUAAGAAUAUUAGCAAUCAACUAGAUAGAGAAAUUAACAAAGUAAAUUACUAGAUUAAGCAAUUUUGUUAACGACAACUUCACUAGGAUAAUUGAAGAGUGACUUAUUAAAGCAUGCUGAAGUUUAUUGACGUAUUCAAAC